AUGGCCACGGGCAUGCGAAAUAAGAGAGUGGCCAAGGAGCGCCAGAAGAUAGACAAGUUUGGCCUGCCGCCUGGCAUCGAGCUCGUGGAAGGCAACGACCUCAAGGAAUGGCUCUUCGAUAUCCGCGUCCUCGACAGCAACCCCAUCUACGACGGCAACAUCUUCCGCCUGAAAUUCGUCUUCUCCGACACUUAUCCCAUAGAACCCCCCGAAGUGACAUUCAUAGAGAGACCGAACCGCCCCAUCCCCAUCCACCCACACAUCUACUCGAACGGAAUAAUAUGCCUCGAUCUGCUGGGGAACCAGGGCUGGAGCCCCGUGCAGAGCGCCGAGAGCGUCUGCAUGAGCAUACAGAGCAUGCUGACGAGCAACACCAAGAACGAGCGACCGCCCGGCGACGAGGAGUUUGUGCGGGGGAACAAGCAGCGACCCCGAGACAUUGAGUUUCUAUAUCACGAUAAUACUGUGUAGUACCACCCCUCGGCCAUGGAUAACGCGGCUCUCUCGGGAUGUUUUUGGCUUUCUUCUUGGAGGACUCUUGCAUUGAUUUAGCGGCCACGAAAGGCUCAUCUGGCGUUCUUUCUUUGUUCCUGCGUCCAUCUUUGUUGUCUUGACGCAAUCACUCACUGGGGGGGAGGUCACGGGUCCUUGCAUGCAUCUGGUACGGCUAAUCACAGGAUCAGAUCCUGCUGGUUAUUGAGGCUUUGAGCGAUGGUCUUUUUUCUCUUCUAUCGUCCUGUUCAUCUAUACCUGCAGCUAUCGUGGAGUAUGCUAUCAUGCUCGCCAAGUCCACCGCAACAGGUCAUACCAAAUCGGCGGCGAGGGGGCAUUUAGGCGCAUGCACAGCGGCGCAACUUUGGGGUCCGGAGGCUGGCGAGGAGGAGCUCCUGUCAUGUAAAGCUUC